AUGACGGACGCGGAGCCCUCCUCGAGAGCCGGAGCACCGAGCCCCGCGAUCCCUUCGAGGCCUAACUCCGUCAUCGCCGCCGUGCUGCUGGAGAUACCGUGGGAGUGCCUCGCGCUGGUCGUGCUGCUGGCGAUCAGCCUUUGCACGGGCUUGUCGCUGGCGGUGCACGCACUGUGGACGCGCUACUCCGACCACGGGUCCCGUGCGGCGGCCGAGGCGCGCCUGUCCAGUAGCGGCGACUUCCGCUCCUACGCGGCCGCCACCGACGCCGUUCAGUGCGCGUCCGUCACACGGUUCAUCUUCGAGCGCAACGGGUCGGUGGCAGACGCUGCCAUUGCGACGUUCCUUUGCGCAUGCGUCGUGCUGCCCCAUGCUGUCGGCCUGGGCGGCGGAUUCAUUGCGCUCAUCUACGACAGGUUGAGUAUCCUUUCCACCUAUCUUUCCCCUAUGUCGUUUAGUGCCGCUAUCCCCUUACUGAAAAAAAAAUAGCAUCGUCAUCACAGGAAGGAAAAUGCGACGCACGUUCUGGACGCUCAGGAGGUGGCCCCUUUGGCAGCCAGGCCUGACAUGUUCAUUCAGAACACGGACGAGGCACUCGUGGGUAAGAGCUCGUUUGUAACCACGCCCUGAUUGCAAAAAUCGCUGCUUAC